AGAGAGAGUUCUUGUGCUACAAAUACCACCACUCUCCUCCCUUGUUUCGCAUCAGCUUGGCCUCAGACGACACAUCACACGCUCUCUCUGAGAGAAGGGUGGUGGACGAGAGGAAGAGAGGGAUCACAGAGCGUGACACCUCUCUGACUGUUUCCAUCUCCUUCAACAUCAACCAAGUGCUUAGCUUCCUUUCAACUGUGGGCAGUAUUCAUACUUGUUUGAGAGUGUACUCUGUAUACGAACCAUCAAGUUGCGAACUUUGCGGCCGGAGGAUGUCGGUGGCUCUGCUGCAAACACCCUUACACCACCUGGAGUACGGCUGGCCGCGGCUGGAAGAUAAGUACGAGACUAGGUAUGAUCAUGUGGUGGGUAUUGAAGACGAGGAGGAGCGGCCUGGCCAAUUCGACAUGUGGAGCGCCAUGCAGGCGCCGAAGGCCGCCACUCCGGUGGUCGCCGAUACGCCGGCUCCUUAUGUUCAUCCGCUGGCGAGGCGGUCCGCGAGCUCGCUGAGCCAGAAGAGCCUCCAGAUAUGCACGGAGAGCCUGGGGUCGGAGACUGGCUCCGAUGAGUUCUCCUCGUUUAACGACGGCGUCGAUUUUGGGUAUCUUCCAACGGUUGAGGCGGAGAAAGAAGGUGAAAGGCAUGACAUGCACGAGAAGGUUGCCGUGGUUGAAGAAGCAGGGGUGUGGUCUGAGAAUGGACCAGAGGAGCGCGAAGUGCCGCAGCGCCGCAGAGGGGAUGAGCUCACGUCGGUCAACUACAAUUACUCCAUUAGCAGGAGGUCGCCCCCGAGGUCGUUCCCUCCGCCGCUGCCAUCCAUCUCCCGCCGUGAUGGGCCCUGCCUCCAGAUGAGGACCCAUCGCCGCGAUGGCCGCCUCGUCGUGGAGGCUGUGCAUGUGCCUCCGCGGAACUACCUCCACGCGCAGCGCCAGGGAGGGCGCCUCCUCCUCUCCUUCAUCGACGCCUCCUCCGACACCAUUGAAAUCGAACAACCACAGGAACAGCAGCAACCCAUGGAUCAAGCACCAGAGGAAAUCGAAGAAAUUGAAAAUGUGGAAGAGGAAGAGGAAGUGGAAGUGGAAGUGGAAGAGAAGAACUGUUACGAGGAAGAGGAGGAGGAGGAGGAGGUGGAACUAGUUGCCAGGGGAACCGUCGUCGAGGUGACAGUGAGCACGCAACCCGAGCUACAGAGUAGCGGCGCCACGAAGGUCCUCUGGUCUUCGCUCGUGAUCAACAAGUUCGUCGGCGGCACGUUGCUCAGCAGCAAUGCUAAGCGCGAGCAGCCGCCGGAGGACCACGCUAGCAAAACCAAUCUCAAAAGCAACAGCCAACUGCAAUCCAUCACAGCAGCUCCGGUCACGCAACGACCGCCGCCGACAACAGCCACAGCAGCAGCUGCAGCGGUGGUAGCCACCAACCUCAGCUUCUCCGACGAAGCAUACAAUGAGGACAGCUUGGAAGGAGCCCAUGACGGUUGCCACCUGCCCCUCGACGACAAGCUUCUGUUCACCUCCAAGCGGAGGUGCAGCCAGCUGCGGAAGAAGUCAUUGUUCAUCUGGAAGCCCGAUUGCAUUGCCACUUCCUCCUGA